UGUGGCUGUUGAUCGGGGGCGAUGGGAUAUGUAAUCUCAACAUCUCCGCACUGUUGAUCCACCCCGACCCGUGUUUUGUGCAGUCCGGCAAGUUUCUUUCUGUCGAUAGGGAGGCACCGAUUGGAAAUGCGGUGCCCGGCCCAAGAUGUGGAGGAACAGUGGGGGCCAUCUUCACCUGCCCUUUGGAAGUGAUCAAGACAAGGCUGCAGUCCUCAAGGCUGGCCUUCCGGGCCAUCUAUUAUCCUCAGGUCCAUCUGGGGACGCUCAGCGCCGAGGGCAUGGUGCGCCCGACUUCUCUGCCCCCCGGUCUCAUCCAGGUGCUCAAGUCCAUUUUGGAAAAGGAGGGCCCAAAGUCACUUUUCCGCGGGCUGGGGCCCAAUCUGGUUGGAGUUGCGCCAUCCAGGGCUGUUUAUUUUGCGUGUUAUUCCAGAGCAAAGGAGCAAUUCAACCACGUCUUUGUGCCCAACAGCAGCAUCGUCCACAUCUGUUCAGCAGCUUCCGCAGCUUUUGUGACUAAUUCCCUGAUGAACCCUAUCUGGAUGGUGAAAACAAGAAUGCAGCUGGAAAGAAGAGUCCGCGGCUUGAAGCAGAUGAACACAUUGCAAUGCGCCAGGUACGUUUACCGCUCAGAAGGCGUCCGGGGGUUUUACCGAGGCCUCACCGCCUCCUACGCGGGCAUCUCCGAGACCAUCAUCUGCUUCGCUAUUUACGAGCGGCUGAAGCAGCACUUGAAAGAUCUGAGCUGGUCUCCCUUCACCGGAAGCCCGGAGACGAAUUCCACCAAUUUCCUUGGAAUCACAGUAGCUGCUGCCAUUUCCAAAGGAUGCGCGUCUUGUAUUGCUUAUCCACACGAAGUCAUCCGGACGAGGCUACGCGAGGAAGGCACAAAGUACCAGACCUUCGUCCAGACGGCCCGGCUGGUAUUUCAGGAAGAGGGAUAUUUUGCUUUUUAUCGCGGACUGUUUGCUCAGCUCAUGAGGCAGAUCCCCAACACGGCUAUCGUUCUGUCCACCUACGAGCUGAUCGUGUAUCUGCUGGAAGACCGAGUUAAGUAGCCAUCCGAAAAGGGACAAUAUAUGCCAAAUAACAAACGAACACAAACAAUUGUGGGACAGUUCACAACGGACUUUGAAAGUGACCGACCGCUUGCUGGACGCGGUUUUCCUUUGGGGAAGGGGCCGCUUUUCCCUCCCUUCCCUAUUUUCUGUGCAAUUUUCUUUCCAGAGUCGUUUUUAAAGGUAUGCGUAUUAAUAGUUUUUUUUUUUUUUUAACUUAAAGAGACCAGG